GUGUGUGGACAGCGGUGGCGACGGACUCUCCAAGGCUGGGAGCCAUAGCCAGAGAUACUGGCUGGCAAGCACCAUGGCCAGAGUCCUGUGGCUCUCCUUGACUGCUCUCCUGCUGCUGCUGCUGCCUGUGGCCAGUGCUAUGCACUCUGACUGCAUUUUCAAGAAGGAGCAAGCCAUGUGCCUGGAGAAGAUCCAGAGAGCCAACGACCUGAUGGGCUUAAACGAGUCUUCCCCAGGUUGCCCUGGCAUGUGGGACAAUAUCACGUGUUGGAAACCUGCUCAGAUAGGUGAGACAGUCCUUGUGAGCUGCCCCGAGGUCUUCCGGAUCUUCAACCCAGACCAGGCCUGGAUGACAGAAACCAUUGGGGAUUUUGGUUUUGCUGAUAGUAAUUCCUUGGAAAUCACAGACAUGGGGGUCGUGGGCCGGAACUGCACAGAGGACGGCUGGUCGGAGCCCUUCCCCCAUUACUUCGAUGCUUGUGGGUUUGAUGACUAUGAGCCUGAGUCUGGGGACCAGGAUUACUACUAUCUGUCGGUGAAGGCCCUCUACACAGUCGGCUACAGCACUUCCCUUGUCACCCUCACCACUGCCAUGGUCAUCUUGUGCCGCUUCCGGAAGCUGCACUGCACUCGCAAUUUCAUCCACAUGAACCUGUUCGUGUCUUUCAUGCUGAGGGCUAUCUCUGUCUUCAUCAAAGACUGGAUCUUAUAUGCUGAACAGGACAGCAGCCAUUGUUUUGUGUCUACUGUGGAAUGCAAAGCUGUUAUGGUUUUCUUUCACUACUGCGUGGUUUCCAACUACUUCUGGCUGUUCAUUGAAGGCCUGUACCUCUUUACACUGCUGGUGGAAACCUUCUUUCCUGAGAGGAGAUAUUUCUACUGGUACACCAUCAUUGGCUGGGGGACCCCUACUGUGUGUGUGACUGUGUGGGCUGUGUUGAGGCUCUACUUCGACGAUGCAGGAUGCUGGGACAUGAAUGACAGCACGGCUCUGUGGUGGGUGAUCAAAGGUCCUGUGGUUGGCUCUAUAAUGGUUAACUUUGUGCUUUUCGUCGGCAUCAUCAUCAUCCUCGUACAAAAGCUGCAGUCUCCAGACAUGGGAGGCAACGAAUCCAGCAUCUACUUCAGCUGCGUGCAGAAAUGCUACUGCAAGCCACAGCGGGCUCAGCAGCACUCUUGCAAGAUGUCAGAACUAUCCACCAUUACUCUACGGCUGGCCCGCUCUACCCUGUUGCUCAUCCCACUGUUUGGAAUCCACUACACAGUAUUCGCCUUCUCUCCAGAGAACGUCAGCAAGAGGGAAAGACUCGUGUUCGAGCUUGGGCUGGGCUCCUUCCAGGGCUUUGUGGUGGCUGUACUCUACUGCUUCCUUAAUGGGGAGGUGCAGGCCGAGGUUAAGAGGAAAUGGCGGAGCUGGAAGGUGAACCGUUACUUCACUAUGGACUUCAAGCAUCGGCAUCCAUCCCUGGCCAGCAGUGGUGUGAAUGGAGGCACCCAGCUGUCCAUCCUGAGCAAGAGCAGCUCCCAGCUCCGAAUGUCCAGCCUCCCGGCCGACAACUUGGCCACUUGAGUCCUGUCUCCCUUCUUCACCUGCACAGGCUGGGGCUGCGGGCCAGUACCUGCGCAUGUUUGUGCCUCUUCCCUCUUUUUCGGCAGGUCCUGGGUAGGAAGCUGGGCUCCUCCCAAAGGGAGAAGAGAGAGAGAUAGGGUAUAUAGGCUGAUAUUGCUCCUCCUGUGUGGGUCCUGCCUACUAUGGUCCAUUGAGCCCAAUUUGACAUGUAAAUACACCUCCAAUUUGGAAAGUUGCCCCAUCUCUCCCCACAACCCAUGACCCUGCUCACCUCGGCCAGGUUCCAUCUUGACUUACUACGUCAAGGCCAGCCUCAGCGAUGACCUGAUCCCAGGUACAAGGCCUUGUGAGCUGAGGCUGAAAUACCUGCUUUGGAGAGGCUGGGGUAGUGCCCACCCCAGCAGCCUUUCACUGUAUUGACUUUGGAUGUGGGCCCUUCUCAGCCUGUACCAGGUCCUGCAGUUGGCCAGGGAUGUAGUUCAGUUGUCCUGAGCAUCCUUUGGAGUAGGUCAACCCGAGGCUCCUUUUGCUUACCGGACAUCUAGGUUGUCCAGGUGCUCAGCUCCUGUGUGCCUGGAGGAUGGGAAGGGCUCCAGUUAUCUUUUAAUCAAAGACGUAAGUUGGGGUGGGGGCGAGGGUCAGGGAAAGUUCUGGUGCUUUUCAUUUGAUCUAAGAGAGCUGAUUGCCAGAAAUGCAGAUUCAGUUGGGAAGGAGAUGGGAUAGCUGAAGAUCUUACCUUGGCCACGACUGUGACCCCUGACUCAAGACUGAAUAUGUGGUGGCUUUAUUUCUACCCUUCUUGCCCACAAUGGAUCGUCUGAAGAAGCUGUUCUCCAGCCACGCCAACCACAGAGAGCCCCUAGCUCUCCCCUUUCUCCAUUUUCCCAGAAGUCAAAGCCAUGUCUAGAAUGAACCAGCCACCUUGCAGAGAAACCAAUGGGUUCUGAAGCAACCUUCAAUUUCCAUGAGCCAAAUCCUGGGCCCCGGGCUCCCCACAGUGCCACCUCUACUGAUGACAAGGAACCCUACAUGCCACCCCCAGACUGGACUCAAUUGCUAAACUCAGAUGUCUGCAAGACUUCCUCCAUGUGCCCCUGACAUUCGAAUCACUCAUGGGCCUCUUAGGGUGUUUGGAGGGGAUGCUGUGUCUACGAUGCAUGAGCAGAAGCUACUGAUGGGAGGAGGUGCGGCUCCUCCCACCUUGGCUUUCCAGUUGCAAGUUGCACAGGCAUAACCUAAGACUUUAACAGAAGGCCACACCCAGAUUUGGGAAGGCAGAGGAAAACACAGUAGUGCCAUGGGGCCACGAGGCCCAGCUCAUUCCUUGUUGAUGCUUGUUCUUGUCCUUGCCUCUGUGGACUUGUUCACAGUUGUGCUCUGGAGUGCAUGGGGAGUGUGGGGUGCUGUCUUGCUUGCUGUUUUAGUAAGUAGAAGGAAUUCUAGGAGAUUUAUGACAGGGCUGCUGGAGGAGCCAUUAGAAAGACUGGAGACAGUUCUAGGUGAUAUGAUUAGAGAUGAGUUCUGUGCUCUUGGCCAGUGAAGCAAGCCCUCGGGUCUUUGGCAAAGCCAGAUGGAGAAAGCGCCUCCUUGCUAUUUUCCAGAAACAUUCAGUGGUUUGGACUAGCCACUGAGUAUACAUUGACCCUUUCCCCCUGCAUCUUAUCAUUCCCCGCUAUCUCCUCCCCGUUACAAGAAUCAGGUUAUCAGCCAGACAAGAAAUCUGUUGAUCACCUUGCAUUUGGGGCAAUUCUGGGGAUCCUGAGCUAUUUAGCAAAAGUAUUGCUUCAGGAUUCCAGCCGGGCUUGUGACUGUGAACACAACGUGCCAUAUGCCGGGCCACAGCGUCCUUGUUUAGGAAACGAGGUUGUUUCUAGUGCUUCUCUGGGUUCGGCACUAGUUACAAACUAAGGCAGGGAAACAGAUGUAUCCUUGUGUAUAUCAUCUAAGGUGUGUGUGUGUGUGUGUGUGUGUGUGUGUGUGUGUGCAUGUGUGCGUGUGUGUGUGUAUGUGUGUGUAUAU